AGCACCGCCAAGAUGCCCAAGGCUGCGACCAAGCGAGGCACCGUUCAGAAGAAGCGGGCCAAGAAGGACCCCAAUGCCCCCAAGCGUGGUCUGUCCGCAUAUAUGUUCUUCGCCAACGAGCAGCGUGAGAACGUACGCGAGGAGAACCCCGGCAUCAGCUUUGGCCAAGUUGGCAAGCUACUCGGUGAGAGAUGGAAGGCCCUGAACGAGAAGCAGAGGGCUCCGUACGAAGCCAAGGCGGCUGCCGACAAGAAGCGCUACGAAGAUGAGAAGCAGGCAUACAACGCCGAGGCCGAAGAGGAGUCCUCGUAGGGAGGUAACAGCAAGACAUACGAAAAAGACGUGAAGACCGAGCCCGAGGACGACAAUGUCCUUGGCAGCGGGGCGCGGAUGCUCACGCCCUAGAACCUUGUCUUCACGCACCACGGGAAGACGGUCUCCGGCCCCUCCCACCACAUAACGCACUUCGGUUCGGCAAGGCAUAUCGCCCUGGCGUUCUCUCUUUUCUAUCUAUCUCCUCUGUACUAUUGGUCUUGGCGCGGAUGUAUGAUGGUAAAUGGGAAACGGGUCGCUGGCUGGGCGAUUUCUUUCCCUCCUUUUUUUUGAUUGGGUUGGGCAGGGAAGGGAACGGAUCGGUUGUUGAUGGCUAACGAGCAUGCAAAUACCCGAACGCCAAGGGUAGCAAGCCAUCAUAUCUGACUACGGACAUGAUGAGGCACCUCUAUCUGUAGCUACGAAGUCUAUUGACUUGGAAUUAACGAAUGUAUAAGUAUUCGAUG